AUGUCCAUGGUCGAUCCGAUCGCUCGGCGCUUACGGUAUGCUUGCAAGGAUCGUUCGUUUUGCGUGGCCUUUGCGUCGAGGACACGUGAGCGCAUUUCCUUUCCGCCAAGAAACGGUGCAGCCCAAAGGUGCUACCGCAAGAUCUGCAGGAAAAGGUUUGUAGCUGGUCGUGUGUCGGCAGCGCCUGUUGGGCUGUUUGACGUGGAUGAUCACAGGAGGGGCAGUGCAAGACUUUGGAUUGGGGAUUUUGGUAACUCUUUGCCAGGACAGUCCAGCGAUAAUGUUUGCUCAAUUCGGCGGAAUCCAACGCUAGGCGCUCAAGCUGUGUCUGCUGCAGGGUCUUGGAGCAUGAUGGAUGGAAACACCGCAACGGGUAUUGGGCGACGUCUUUUUGAGCGUGCCUGA